AUGAGGGGGGCGGGAUGCAACCAGUGGGCUCGGGGUUCCCAACAAGAAUUGCGGAAAAAUGUGUUGUUGUUGUUUUUGUUGUUGUUUUUUUUGCGGGGGGUUAUGGAUUUUCAUUUAAAUUCUCUCCAUUUCUUUCUCUUUUUUUGUGCGGGUUUCCUUUCCAAUGUAAAGUAUAGAAAGAGAGAGGAGGGGAAGAGAAGGAUGAGGAGGGACAUUCCUUCCGUCUCCACGUCUCGUGCUGAGCCACAGAAGCAGCAGGGAGGGCAUGCCGCUAUGACGUUAGAGAGCACCCGGGCUUACCUGGAUCAUACAUGUGUUCCGCUGCUUAUGGAAGCGAUGGCUGCCGUCUCGCGGGUGCGUCCCGAUGACCCGAUUGAUUUCAUUGCCCAUUAUUUGUUGAAGCACAACCCGAAUCGCCGUGGCACGAACACACAACAUCUGGACAACGAUCCACGUGGGAUCUGGCGUAACUGA